GCAAGCCUGUGAGUCUAGCUAUGGGGCUUAGAGACUGUUCUGGAGUUUGCUGGGACGGGCAAAGCUCCAAAAUGGGAUUUCAUGCUCUUCUUCCUUCCCUGGGCUGUUCCUUCCUGGUUAUCAGCGAUCUCAAAACAGCAUGUCCGGAUUCGCAUCACCAAGAAGAAGGUUGUUGUAAAGAAGCGAAGGAAACUCACUCCCCCCAAAUCCCCAGUGACUACCAAACCUUCAGUGACAACCCCUGAACUCCCCAAGCAGCAAAAACCAGACUGUCCUCCUUUGGGCCUGGAGUCCCUGAGAGUUUCUGAUAGCCAGUUUGAGGCAUCCAGCAGCCAGUCCUUUGGUCUUGGACCCCACCGAGGACGGCUAAACAUCCAGUCAGGCCUGGAGGAUGGUGACCUCUUUGAUGGAGCCUGGUGUGCGGACCAACAGGAUCCUGAGCCGUGGCUGCAGGUAGAUGCGAAACAGCCCACCCGCUUCUCAGGCAUCAUCACUCAGGGCAGGAACUCAAUCUGGAGGUAUGAUUGGGUCACCUCAUUUAAAGUCCAGUUCAGCAAUGACAGUCAGAUCUGGUGGACCAGCAGGAAUCGCAGCAGUGGGAUGGAUGCGGUAUUUCCUGCAAAUUCGGACCCUGAGACCUCAGUGCUGAAUGUUCUGCCAGAGCCCCAGCAAGCCCGCUUCAUCCGCCUGCUGCCCCAGACCUGGUUGCAGGGGGGUGCAGCUUGCCUCCGGGCAGAGAUCCUGGGCUGUCCUGUCUCAGAUCCCAGCAACCCAAUCUCCGAGACCCCCAACCUGGAAUCUACUGAUCAGCUGGACUUCAAGCAUCACAAUUACAAGGCCAUGAGGAAGCUGAUGAAGCAGGUGAAUGAACAGUGCCCCAACAUCACCCGAGUCUACAGCAUUGGGAAGAGCUACCAGGGCCUGAAGCUCUAUGUGAUGGAAUUGUCGGACAAUCCGGGGCAGCAUGAGCUGGGAGAGCCAGAGGUGCGCUAUGUGGCUGGCAUGCAUGGCAACGAAGCCCUGGGCCGGGAGCUUGUGCUGCUCUUCAUGCAGUACCUGUGCCAUGAGUUCCUUCGAGGGGAUCCACGGGUGACCCGGCUGCUCACCGAGACACGCAUCCACCUGCUGCCAUCCAUGAACCCCGAUGGCUAUGAGACAGCCUUCCGGAGGGGCUCGGAGCUGGUGGGAUGGGCAGAGGGCCGCUGGACCCAUCAGAGCAUUGACCUCAAUCACAACUUCGCUGACCUCAACACACCCUUGUGGGAAGCAGAGGAUGACGGACUGGUCCCCAACACUGUCCCCAAUCACCACCUGCCAAUGCCUGCUUACUAUGUCUUGCCCAAUGCUACUGUGGCCCCUGAAACUCGGGCCGUGAUUAAGUGGAUGGAGCGGAUCCCCUUUGUGUUGAGUGCCAAUCUUCAUGGCGGGGAGCUCGUGGUGUCCUACCCCUUCGACAUGACUCGGACCCCGUGGGAGGCCCGUGAACUCACGCCCACCCCGGACGAUGCUGUGUUCCGCUGGCUCAGCACUGUCUAUGCGGGUUCUAAUCGGGCCAUGCAGGAUCCCAACCGCCGGCCCUGCCACUAUGAGGACUUCUCUGUGCAUGGCAACAUCAUCAAUGGUGCUGAUUGGCACACGGUGCCCGGAAGCAUGAACGACUUCAGCUACCUGCACACCAACUGCUUUGAAGUCACAGUAGAGCUGUCCUGUGACAAGUUUCCACAUGAGAGUGAGCUGCCACAGGAGUGGGAGAACAAUAAAGAAGCCCUUCUCACCUACCUGGAGCAGGUGCGCAUGGGCAUCACGGGAGUUGUGCGGGACAAGGACACAGAGCUGGGAAUCGCUGAUGCUGUCAUUGCCGUGGAGGGGAUUAACCAUGAUGUGACAACAGCUUGGGAUGGGGACUACUGGCGUCUGCUGACCCCAGGGGACUAUGUGGUGACCGCCAGUGCUGAGGGCUAUCACACAUCGACAAGGAACUGCCGUGUCACCUUUGAAGAGGGUCCUGUCCCCUGCAACUUCCGCCUCACCAAGACCCCCAAACAGAGACUGAGAGAGCUGCUGGCAGCUGGGGCCAAGGUGCCCCCUGACCUUCGGAGACGCCUAGAGCGUCUGAGGGGGCAGAACAGUGACAGCUGACAAGCGCCAGAACUGUGGGUGGGCUGGACCUGUCCAGAACUGAAUUGUGGGGGGAAGAGGCUCAUUAAAACCUAUCUGGACCCUC